AUGUUGUCGUCGCACCCGCACGAGGCGGCCAUGCUGCCGUACGUGCCGCGGCCGCCGUCGCUGCUGGUGGACCGCCGCUACAGCACCGGCGCCGAGGUGGCGCCCAACUGCCCGCGCUGCGACUCGCCCAACACCAAGUUCUGCUACUACAACAACUACAGCCUCAGCCAGCCGCGCUACUUCUGCAAGGGCUGCCGCCGGUACUGGACCAAGGGUGGGUCUCUCCGGAACGUGCCCGUCGGCGGCGGAUGCCGGAAGAACCGCCGGGGGAAGUCGUCCGUGAGGUCGGCGUCCGACUCUUUCUCCGGCGUCCGCGACGCCACGUUCGGCCAUGGAGGGUUCCCCGGCCCGCUCCGGCCGGACAUGGUCCUGGAAGGCAUGGUCGGCAACCCGGCGAACCCUGGCCAGGUGAUGCACGACGUGCCCACCGCGCCCGACGGCUCGUCCAUCGACCUCGCAAUGCUCUACUCCAAGUUUCUGAACAACCAGCAACCGGCCGGCGACGGUAGCCUUGUCGGCUCCGUCACGCCGGAGUCGGCCGGUGGGCACGUCGACGAGACGUUCGACACGUUCAGCGCCUCCAGCGACAUGAGCCCCGCCGGCGUUCUGGCGCCCGCGCAGUUCGACGCGAGCCCGGACGGGUUCCUCGAAUGGUCCCGACCGGUGAGCAGCGCCGACCCAACUUGUACGGCCAGCCCAGCUACCGCAACCACCAUGCUGUGCACCGACGAGAGCGUGCAAGCUGCGCUCGGCGAGCUCAACUUCGCCAUGGAUCAGAGCUGUUUCGACUCGUUGGGGUUGCCCACGGACGGUGCCGCCGCUAACCUCUCGUCGUGGUGCUCGAUCGUUCCGAGCUUGUCGACAUGGGAGGAGCCCAAGUACGACUCGCUUGAUUCGUUCCCUGACGACACCCUCAGCCUCCAUGACGGAAUCCUUGCUGCCGAUCAUGACUGGAGCGCGGAUUGCCAAGGAUUGGAAGCUCUCUACAUGCCGUAA